AUCAGUGAUUCGCUCCGUCUGCUGAAUGGGGAAACAUGUCAACGUGGGCAGUGAGUAUGAUAUAAAUACAAUGACAAGUGUCAAAACUGUCAAGUAGCGUUGUAAAUGGAGUUGAGUCGUCUAUUGAUUCAUAUUGAUUGAUCUAUUGAUAACAUGGAUCUGCCGGUGAACGAGGAAAAUCUGCAACAAAUAUUAAAUAAAUUGUCAGAAGAUGAGGUUUCUAUAAAGAAAAAUCUAGACACGAUUCUUACCCGACGAUGUCACGUAGAAGCAAAAUUACAGAAUAUUGGCAAAGUAUUGCCAAAUGUUAUAGUAAUACGAACAGAAGGAGAAAAGUUUUGUGACAUGAUUGCUCGUACCAAUGAAUUAGCUGAGAACGUUAGUGCAAAAGUGAGACAAUUGGAUUUAGCAAGAAGCAGAGUGUGUGAAUGCCAGAGUAGGAUAAAUGAUAUACUAGAUUUGCAAUUGUGCAGUGAAGGAGUAGCAACUGCGUUACGCAAUGAGGAUUACGAGCAGGGUGCUGCACACGUUCAUCGUUACUUGGCAAUGGACCAGCAGCUGCUGGAGAGAACAGCUGAAGAUGUAUCUGGUGAUCAUAUUAGUAUUAGCAGUUCUCUGGUUACCUUGCAACAGGCUGCCAUGGAAUUGCGGGCUGUUGUCACACAUAAAUUUGAUGAAGCUGUGAAAUCUGAGGAUUUGGCAUCUGUUGAGAGAUUUUUUAAGAUAUUUCCAUUGCUGGGAAUGCACUUAGAAGGACUAAAAAAAUUUUGCAGUUACUUGUGUACCAAACUACAUGAGACUGCUCAAAAAAAUCUACAAGCGGCACUAGAGAUUAAAAGUAAUGACAAAAGAGCGGCUGUUAUUUUUUCUGAUACUAUGACUCUUUUAUUUGAAGGGAUUGCACGUAUUAUAGAAGUGCAUCAACCGAUCAUCGAGACUUAUUAUGGUCCUGGUCGACUUCUAAUGACAAUUUCAAUUUUACAAAAAGAAUGUGAUAGGCAAGUCAAGAAGAUUGUUACAGUAUUUACGAAACAUAGGUCUAUAUCCAAGAAUGUACAAAUGAUAAAUGAGUAUUUGCGAAAACCGAGUCCUGAAAGACUCGAUCCUAAGGAACUCGAUCUCUUGCUGGGAGAAAUCACUAUAAUGCAUUCAAGAGCAGAACUUUAUAUACGUUUCUUAAAAAGAAGGAUUAAGAAUGAUGUAGAGAUCAGUACGACAGAUGAGGCGCAACGUACAGAAUUGCUUAACGAAUUUGAAAUGACUAUAAACAACUCCGAAUUAGCGCAUGGCAUGCAGGAACUGCUCGGUGCUUAUCUCGCAUUAGAGAGAUACUUUCUUGAGGAGAGUGUGAAUAAGGCUUUAGGAAUGGACGCGCUAGAUCCAGAUCAGCAAACUUCCAGCAUGGUUGAUGAUGUAUUUUUCAUAGUGCAAAAAUGCGUACGACGAGCUAUGUCCAGUUGGAGCAUAGACGGUGUUUGUGCUGUCGUCAAUAUGGCUUGCGGCAUCUUGGAAGGUGAGUUUGCGAACCGAUUGAGAAACCGGUUGCGUCAGGGUUAUCCAGCAGGCUAUCUGGACUUAGCACAAGCAUAUAAUGCUCUUCAGACGAGCAUACAGCAUGGUCGUUUGCAAACAUCAGAUACAGAAUACGCCCGUCUUAUGUUCUUGGCAUAUCUAAAUAACACUGACGUGAGCACAGAAUAUGUGGAAACGUUAUGCAAAAGUCUCAGUGCAGAGAUAGACGCGACAUUCCCUAACAUGCAGAAGAAGGAUAGAGGCAAAAUUGAUAGCUGCUUGUCCAGUCUAAAAGGAGUUGUACUAAUAUUACGAGGCAUCAUUGAUUGUGGCCUGGAGCAGUUACGAGUCAGCGCUGUAAAACCCAGAGUCACUCCAUGGCUUGAUGCGUUUCUAUCCAUAGAUCAUCAUAUCAACGAGGACGAAUUAUUGAGAUACGAAACGGAUGAGCCAUUUGUGCAGACAUUAAUAAUGAAUCUAGAGGGUUUACUUCGAGGAUUCAAAGACAGUCUAACAACCUCGAAUUACGACGCGCUUAUUGGGCUUCUGACUGCUGAAGUUACGGCCCGUUUAGAAAAGGUGGUGUUGAAAUCAACUUUUAAUCGGGCGGGAGGUUUGAUAUUGGACAAGGAAAUAAGAUCAUUAGCUAGUUAUUUAGCGGCUGCAACGUCUUGGUCAGUGAGAGACAAAUUCGCGCGUUUAACGCAGAUUGCCACUAUUUUAAGUAUAGAGAAGAUAGAGGAAUUAGCCGACUAUUGCGGCGCGGAUGCAAUAGCGUGGCGAUUAACACCGUCGGAGGUGCGGCGUAUCGCUUCUCUGAGAAUAGAUUUCCGACCGGAAGACAUCAAGAGACUGAAGCUGUGAUUUAUCCUUCCUAUCUGGCUGCAAUAUCAAACGCUACUGAGCCAUGUACUUGCACAAUUAGAUUAAAUAUUCACAUAUUAUGUUUUACUUCUAUGGCUAUGUUCCGAAAUUCACUGUCAGUACUGAAAAUCUAUAGUUCAUGUACAUACUACAUAUUUUCAAUACUGGCAGCAAAUUUCGGAACGCAGUCUAUGUCGUACAUGGAAUUAUAUAUUAUUUAUUACGAUAUUUAGAAA